AUGGCUGACGAUGGCAUGCUCCUCAACUUUUCCAUACCAGACAGCGGCAUAAUAGCGAAACCGACCUUCAAGGGCGGCAACUGGAAGAGCCGGCUCACUGCGAAGAAGGCGGCCCAGAACUGGCAUACAAAGGCUACAGCACGACUAAACGGCGAGACUGUACCGAAGAAGACGGUUGAUAAUGCGACAAACGUGAACCGCAUAGAGCUAGGCCCAAGGACGGCACGCGUGUCCAAGAGUCCAGAGUUUCCCGAUGCUGGCGACAGGCCCGUAAAGCGAGCGCGUGUGAGCGGGGAUUUUAGGCCAAGGACGACCGAAAAGACAGACGAUGCCAAUUUCAGACCACAAUCGAACCCGAACCCGAAUCCUGCGAAGAGACCAAGCGAGCAGAAUAAUGCACCAAAGGGUGGAAAGCAGGUCAUUUCUUCGCUGUUCACCUACAAUCCCACAUCAAAGACGAAGCCGGAAGCGAACGAACGCCGCGAAGACGAUGCGUCCGUUGAACCUUCUAACGCACCACUCAGCAGCGAGCUGGAUACCUUCACAUCUCUUGGCAUGUCUACGACGCUGGCGACGCACCUGUUAAAUAAGAUGGGGUUGAAGGCGCCUACCGCGAUUCAAAAGGCCGCGAUAACACAACUCGUCAAAGACGACUCAGAUGCGUUCAUACAGGCCGAGACUGGUUCGGGAAAAACGCUGGCAUACUUGCUACCAAUCGUGCAAAGACUUAUGGAGCUGUCCGCGAACAUGAGGAAGCGGAAAGUCGACGACAAUGUACAGAGAAACUCGGGUCUGUUUGCCAUCAUCAUGGCGCCAACACGCGAGUUAAGCAAGCAAAUUGCGACCGUACUAGAGAAGAUUUUAGGCUGCGCGCAUUGGCUUGUGGCUACGACCGUCAUUGGUGGUGAGAAGAAGAAGUCUGAAAAGGCACGAUUACGGAAGGGCAUCAACAUCUUGGUCGCGACACCGGGUCGGUUGGUCGAUCACCUGGAGCACACAGAAGCUUUGGAUGUGAGCAAUGUCAGGUGGCUUGUUCUGGACGAAGGCGAUCGGUUGAUGGAGCUCGGGUUUGAGCAGGAGAUCCAGAAGAUUGUAGGCGCACUGAAUCUACGAAUGCGCGCAAAGAAAGACGAGCAUUCGAGAAUACCUGGGCUGCCGGAGAAGCGCACAACAGUACUCUGUUCUGCGACCAUGAAAAUGGACGUGGAGAGACUUGGACAGAUAAGUCUGAAAGACGCAGUACACAUUCGAGCCGAUCCAUCAGAAAAGGGAGCAGAAACGGUCGAGGCAAAAGACGAUCAGUCAUUCUUUGCACCAGCGCAAUUGAAGCAGUCAUACGCAGUGGUGGCACCGAAGCUCAGAUUAGUAUCUUUGAUAGCCUAUCUGAAGCGGGCUUUCGCACGAAAAGGAUCGGUGAUGAAGGCCAUCGUCUUCAUCUCGUGUGCUGACUCUGUCGACUUUCAUUUUGACAUGCUCACCAGCGAAAUUGAAGGGAUCACCGAGACGAAGAAGAAGGAAGACACAGAAGAAGAGGAGAAAGAGGUCGAGGAGGCAGUUGAAGGCACAGAGAAGAAGCCAAAGAAAGCAAAAGCGAUAGCGCAAUCUGACCCGACCAAGCUCACAGUAACGGGUGCAGAGUCACCCGUACUCUCUGCAAAGACGCACACAGUAACAGCAUAUCGUCUCCACGGUUCACUCCAACAAUCCGUGCGAACAUCAACACUCGCUCAAUUUACGAAGAAUAAGUACCCUUCCGUCCUCAUCGCUACCGAUGUCGCGUCUCGUGGUCUCGAUCUUCCGAACGUCGACCUAGUCAUCGAAUUUGAUCCUGCUUUCGCCCGGGAGGACCAUUUGCAUCGUAUCGGUCGUACCGCGCGUGCAGGUCGCGACGGACGGGCUUGCAUUUUCUUGAUGCCCGGAACUGAAGAAGGCUACGUCGAUAUCCUCAAGUCAGAUAGGAAAGACACAGAAGCUGGAGUCCACAUCUCACGUCAAGACGCCGACGAUAUCCUCAACCGAGGCCUGGUAACAAGCGGAGUAAUGGAGAAGAACGCCUACAUGGACAAAGCCACCGACCUCCAGCUUGCGGUUGAGCGUUGGGCUCUAGCAUCCCCCGCUCGCCUUGAAGCCGCCCGAAGAGCCUUCCAGAGUCACAUUCGCGCGUACGCAACUCACGUUGCUGACGAACGCCAAUACUUCGACAUCAAGUCGCUUCACCUAGGUCAUUUGGCCAAGGCCUUCGCUCUCCGUGAGCGACCAUCUGGAAUGAAAAUUCCGGGACAACGAACAGGUGCUGGACGCAACGACAAGACACCUGCCAGGGUGCGCGGUGGUGCGAAGGUGGACCUUGCCAGUCGCAAGGCUGAUACUGGUGCGUCGAAGAGGGCGGUUGUGGAUCUGGAUCUUCCGGAGGGUCAGGAUACGGACGAGGCGGCGAAGAUGAGGAAGGCGGUUCGUGCGAAGGAGAAGUUUAUGCGUCAUGCGGGUAUGGCGAGCGAGUUCAACUUGGGCUGA